AUGCUUUCUCAGAAUAUUUUAAAUAGUAUCAUUGUACCAACAUAUGAUGAAAAAUCAAAUAUUAAAACCUUAACUACGAAUCUUUUUCCCUCAUUGGCUACUGAAGAAUCUAAUUUAACUGAGUUAAUAUUUGUCGACAAUAAUUCAAAUGAUGGGUCUAUUCAACAAGUCGAAGAAUUAAAUAGGCAAGGUUAUAAUGUGAGAAUUAUUAUUAGAAGGAAGAAUCAUGGCUUGUCUUCCUCUGUCUUACGGGGGUUUCAAGCAGCACAAGGUGACAUUUUAAUUUGUAUGGAUGCUAAUUUACAGCAUACACCAGAAAGUGUCCCACAAUUGAUAGAAUCUCUGAGAAUACAUCCUUUCACAAUUGGUACAAGAUAUGUUACAAAUGUAGGAAUAGAACAAGAUUGGCCUUUAUACCGAAGAGUUAUUUCUAAAGGCUCUAGCUUGUUAGCUAAGCCUUUGACUACUACAUCUGAUCCAAUGAUUGGAUUUUUCGGUUUACCAAGGAAAUAUUUGAUUCAACUAAAAGCGGGUGCUAUAAACCCCCAGUGUUUCAAAAUCUCAUUGGAAUUAAUGGUUAAAUUGCGAUUACCGAAACGUUGUACAGUUGGUGAAAUUCUUUAUUCUUUAGGAAUUACAAGUGAAGGUCAAUCCAAAUUACCUGGCAAAGUUAUUCUUCAAUACGUACUACAAUUAAAAGAUUUAUACCAAUAUCGAUAUGGUUCUGUGGAAUUUACAUUUAUAACUUCAUUGAUUACAAUAUUUUACACGGUGGCUUUUUAUCAAGCCUAUUGUGUGGUAUUUAAAUUUAAUUUAGACAGAAAGCUUUUACAAUAA